AGACAUUUGUUUCCUGUCUGGUCCAUGUGGUAAACAAGCUCAUGACUGCCUGCAAGUCCAACAAUGGAGCUCUCUGCUAAGUGGAUGAAUGUGCCUCAUGGACCGAGUCUGAAAAACCUGACAGAUGGAGGGUUCGGGAGACUGAAGGAGAAACAACAUGCUGCUGUUCAGGACCUAACUAAGGCUCACAUUGAGUCGUUUGACCAGGCUGUUACCGAGGGACUCGGACGGGUCGUACAGGCCAUCCCACCCUUGGAGUUCAUGUUCAAACAGGACAAGGUGACCCUUGCAUUUGUGGAAGCAACCAUUCACAACCCAGUGGUCUCCAAAGGGAGCAUCUGCUCAGAGAUGAAGGUGUACCCUGCAGAGUGCCGGGGAAGGAGAUGUUCAUACAAAGGAAAGCUGGUGGCUGACAUCAGCUGGGCGAUCAAUGGAACUUCUAAAGGCGUCAUCAAGCAGUCUCUGGGUCAGCUACCGAUCAUGGUGAAGUCCAAGCUUUGCAACCUCCAUGGCUUGUCCCCCAAAGAGCUCGUAAAGCAUCAUGAAGAAGCAGAGGAAAUGGGAGGUUAUUUCAUAAUGAAUGGGAUUGAGAAGGUUAUCCGUAUGCUGAUAAUGCCGAGGAGGAACUACCCGAUUGCCAUGUCGAGACCUAAGUGGAAGAGCAGGGGUCAGGGAUACACGGAGUACGGUAUUUCUAUGCAUUGUGUGAGGAACGAGCACUCAGCCAUCAACAUGAACCUGCAUUACCUGGAAAAUGGCACCAUGAUGCUGAACUUCAUCUACCAGAAAGAGCUCUUCUUCAUCCCUUUAGGCUUUGCUCUGAAGGCUCUGGUAGACUUCACAGAUUUCCAGAUCUACCAGGAGCUGAUCAAAGGCCACGAGAACAACUCCUUCUACAAGACCUGUGUGUCGGAAAUGCUGCGCAUGGUGUCGGAGGAGGGCUGCACCACCCGCAGCAAGGUGCUUGACUACCUGGGAGAACGCUUCAGGGUUAAGCUGACCGUACCAGAGUGGUACACCAACGAACAGUGCGCCACCUUCCUUUUAAGCGAAUGCAUCUGCAUCCACCUGAAGUCAGACUUGGAGAAGUUCUACCUGCUUUGUCUCGUGACCCGGAAGCUUUUCACAUAUGCCAAACAAGAGUGCAUGGAGGAGAACCCGGACAGCUUGAUGUGUCAGGAGGUUCUCACUCCUGGUCAGCUCUGCCUCAUGUUCUUGAAGGAAAAAAUGACGGCAUGGCUGUCGUCCGUAAAGCUGUGCUUCGACAAACGAGGGUCUAAACUGAGCGGUGGAUGGAGCACUGAAAAUGUGAUGAAGAUGUUGAACAUGGGAUCAGAUUUAACCAAACCUUUUGAAUAUUUGAUGGCCACCGGGAGCCUCCACUCCAAGACCGGUCUCGGCAUGCUGCAGAACACGGGCCUCUGCGUUGUAGCCGACAAGCUCAACUUCAUACGCUACCUGUCCCACUUCCGCUGUGUGCACAGAGGAGCGGCGUUCGCCAAGAUGAGGACCACGUCUGUUAGGAAGCUGCUGCCAGAGUCCUGGGGCUUCUUGUGCCCCGUCCACACUCCGGACGGAGAGCCGUGUGGACUCAUGAACCACAUGACUGCCAGCUGUGAGAUUGUUGCUACCACCACCUACACUACAUCCCUGCCUGCUCUGCUGUGCUCCCUCGGUGUGACCCCGGUGGAUGGAUCUCCUGGCCAAGCCUUUUCAGACUGCUACCCUGUGAUCUUGGAUGGAGCUGUUGUGGGCUGGGUGGAGGCUGACUUGGCUUCAGCUGUUGUCGACUCGCUACGGAGAUUUAAGGUGCUGGGACAGAAGAAUGUUCCUCCCUGGACUGAGAUUGUCCUGGUUCCAAAAACAGGGAAGGCCAGCUUAUAUCCAGGCCUGUUUCUGUUCACAACACCAUGCCGCAUGAUGCGACCUGUGCAGAACUUAGCUCUUGGGAAUCAAGAGUUGAUUGGGACCUUUGAGCAGCUUUACAUCAACGUGGGGAUCAUGGAGGGGGAGAUAGAACCAGGUGUUACAACACACCAGGAGUUGUUCCCUCACAGUAUGCUCAGUGUGGUGGCCAACUUCAUCCCUUACUCAGACCACAACCAGAGUCCCAGGAACAUGUACCAGUGUCAGAUGGGUAAGCAGACUAUGGGUUUCCCGCUGCACUCAUUCAUGGAUCGCUCUGAUAACAAACUCUACCGGCUCCAGACCCCACAGAGCGCUCUGGUCAGGCCCUACAUGUACGACCAUUACAACCUGGACAACUACCCGAGCGGCACCAACGCCAUUGUGGCUGUCAUAUCCUACACGGGCUACGACAUGGAAGACGCCAUGAUUGUGAACAAGUCAUCGUGGGAGAGAGGCUUUGCUCACGGGAGUAUCUAUAAGACCGAGUUAGUGGACCUGGCUGAAAAGGUGAGGGGAGAAGAUGGUGUCGUGUUCGGGACCAAGCCAGGCGAUCCGAAGGUAAAUGGAAAACUGGAUGUUGAUGGGCUGCCUCACAUCGGAUCAGUGCUUCAUUACGGAGACCCCUACUACAGCUACAUCAACCUGAACACAGGCCAAAGCUACGUCACCUUCUACAAGAGCCAAGAGGCUUGUGUGGUCGACAACAUAAAGUUAUGCAGCAACGACAUGGGCUCGGGUCAUUUUAAACGUGUCUGCAUCACCGUACGAGUGCCACGAAACCCCACCAUCGGUGACAAGUUCGCCAGUCGCCACGGUCAGAAGGGCAUCCUGAGCCGCCUGUGGCCGGCGGAGGACAUGCCCUUCACCGAGAGUGGCAUGACUCCGGACAUCCUGUUCAACCCACACGGUUUCCCAUCCCGUAUGACGAUCGGGAUGCUGAUCGAGAGCAUGGCCGGAAAGUCGGCCGCCCUGCACGGUCUGAGCCACGACGCAACGCCCUUCACCUUCUCCGAGGAGAACUCUGCGCUCGAGUACUUUGGAGAACUGCUCCGGGCGGGCGGCUACAACUACUACGGCACGGAGCGGCUCUACAGCGGACUGAGCGGACAGGAACUGGAGGCGGACAUCUUCAUUGGCGUCGUCUACUACCAGCGGCUGCGCCACAUGGUCUCCGACAAAUUCCAGGUGAGGACAACGGGAGCGCGGGAUAAGGUGACCAACCAGCCAGUCGGAGGAAGGAACAUCCAGGGAGGCAUUCGUUUCGGGGAGAUGGAGCGUGACGCCCUGCUGGCCCACGGCUCUUCCUUCCUGCUCCAAGACCGUCUGUUUAACUGCUCGGACCGCUCUGUGGCUCAGGUGUGCGUGGACUGUGGCAGCCUGCUGUCCCCGCUGCUGGAGAAACCCCCGCCCUUCUGGUCGGCCAUGCGCCACCGGGAGACCGUGUGCACCUUGUGUGGGAAGAGCGACUCUAUUGACUCCGUGUCCGUUCCUUAUGUUUUUCGUUACUUUGUGGCUGAGCUCGCAGCGAUGAACAUCAAAGUCAAACUAGAUGUUAAGUGAAAUUUCCAGGAGGAAAAGGAAAAAGUUGCCUUUAAAUUUGAUGGAAGAAAACACCAAACCUCUCUCCUGAUGCAGAGACGCCAACAUGUUGACGUUUAAAUGUUCCGUGUUCAUGUUCCAAUGACCACUGAAUAAAAGACGUUAAACUGUA